AUGAGAAAUAUUACGGAUGCAUACCAGGCAAAAUCACAAGUACAUCUUGAUGAAGAAGGAAACGUGAUAACAGAGAUGGAGGAAAUCAAGACAAGAUGGAAAGAAUAUUUCAAAGACUUACUCAAAGAACAGGACAUUCUGCUACCAGAAAUUGAUCUUGAGAUACCACAGCAGGUUGAUAACUUUGUACAACCCCCCCAGGAGAGAGAGAUAGAUGAAAUAAUAAGGAAGAUGAGAAACAAUAAGUCCCCAGGAAGCGACACUAUCACAGCAGAGAUGCUGAAGUAUGGCGGAGAAGAGCUGUUGAGGGUUAGCCAUGAACUUAUAUCGAAAGUGUGGGAACAAGAAAGAAUGCCAGAGGAGUGGAAGAAAGGACUGAUCAUACCUAUAUACAAGAAGGGGGACAGGAGAGAUUCUGCAAGAAGUCAGAGAGCUAUGUUGGAGAAGCUGGAAGAUAUUGAAAGAGCGGUGAGCAAAGUUGGAUUGACUAUUAACUGGGAAAAAACUAAGUACCUGAAAAUGACAAGAAUGGGACAAAGAGGAGUGGAUCUGGAGGCCCAAAGAAUUAGGUGGCUCGGACAUCUGACGAGAAUGAACGACAACAGAGUUGUGAAGAAGGUUGCUGAGUGGACUCCUCCUAAUACAAGGCCCAAGGGAAGACCUCGGAUGAGAUGGAGAGACGAUGUGGUUGCUGACCUAAGAAAGAUUGGAGCAAGAAAUUGGAGAGAGGUCGUCGAGGACAGACCCCAAUGGAGACUACUGAUUCACCAGGCCAAGACCCAUGGAGGGUUGUAG